GCAAUCUAUAAUUGGCUAUGUGUACCAACUCAAAUUUUCCAUUGCGGUACAUGAAAAAUAUUCUUUUCUCAUAUAGAACUUGGAAUUAGAAAUUAAAAAAAAAAAAAAAAAAGUAAAAAUAGAAUAGCCGCUUUUGCUACCUUUUUCUUUGUCUAUCUUCCUUUGCUUCGAGAUCAUAAACAAGAACAACCUCGAGAUGGGUUGCCUCUCGAUCUCAUCUGCUCUCUCUUGACUACAAACAGGCUAGUUGGGGAUGUAUUUUAUCACAUGGUUCAUGAUCUACCAAAGUAUUGAGGUUCUGAGAUGUCUGUUUCAAGAAUGGAAUAUGGUUCUUGUAGUGCCUCAUUUGGCGCUAUCCCUUCGUUGUGUGGCAAGGGAAUACUUUCAGCUCCCAGAAUGGUGCCCCUCAAUGUUUCUUUUACUACAAAAUCUGAUUCUCUCAAGCUUGAUCUGCACUCUGGUCUGGGUUCACUUCAUGCACUGCAGUUAUUCGCUAGUAAGAAACUUUGCUUUGGCUGCUCUCCUUGUAAGAGACCCAUUUUACGAAAUUCAAAUCAUUCUUCUCCAAGAAGUUCCUUAUGCAUUCCAAGGAAGCAUGGUGAUGCAUCAAGGUGCUACUGCAGUACGCAGUAUAAGCUGAACAGACUGUAUUCUGAUGUAAAAUUGCAAAGCCAGCAUAAUUUGUCUAGCCGUGUAGUUGUAAAGUCUGAACUUAAUGGAAGUGGGACCUCUGAUGCUGCCUACGCAUUGGAAGAACUUAAUCUGGGCUCAAAAGUUAGGGGGAUAUGCUUUUAUGCUGUAACUGCUUUUGUUGCCAUUUUUUCGUUUGUGCUGAUGCUGAUAGCACAUCCUUUUGUACUCUUGUUGGAUCAAUAUCGAAGAAAAGCUCAACAUUUUAUUGCUAAAAUUUGGGCAAUUUUAACUGUUAGUCCAUUUUUCAAGAUCAAAGUUGAGGGAUUGGAGAAUUUGCCCCCGCCAGACACUCCAGCUGUAUAUGUAUCUAACCACCAGAGCUUUCUAGAUAUAUAUACACUUCUCACUCUUGGAAGGCCCUUUAAUUUCAUCAGCAAGACUAGCAUAUUUCUUUUUCCUAUCAUUGGAUGGGCCAUGUUUCUGUUGGGUGUAAUUCCUUUAAAGCGCAUGGACAGUAGAAGCCAGUUGGACUGUCUUAAGCGAUGCAUGGAUCUGCUCAAGAAAGGGGCCUCUGUCUUUUUUUUCCCUGAGGGAACACGGAGUAAAGAUGGAAAAUUAGGUGCUUUCAAGAAAGGUGCCUUCAGUGUUGCGGCAAAAAUCAAAGUGCCAGUGGUCCCUAUUACUCUUAUAGGAACUGGAAAACUCAUGCCUGCAGGAAUGGAGGGUAUCCUAAAUUUGGGAUCUGUUAAAGUUGUUAUCCAUAAGCCCAUAGAAGGAAGUGAUCCAGAUGUGUUAGGCAAUGAAACUAAAACCAUAAUAGCAGAUGCGCUCAAUCAUGAAGGCUGAGAUACCUCCCACCCCUUGUUUUAAGUGGCCUGUUAGGGGUGAUACUUCAAUACUCAACAUUUUUAUGUGCUCAGAGAAACAAAACCAGAGAGGAAUAGCUCAAACAAGGCACUAACAAAUUUUGGCUGUACUGGCUACUUCGGUGCCUUUCAAGUGGGGUAAUUCUGUGUUCUAUCUACAAAGGUUCGAGAUACAUCUCACAAAUUCGGAGGCUUUUUCUGCAAUACCAAUGGUUAGGAAUUCAACUGAUUAGUUUUGUCCCUGGACCUUGACACCAAUUGGCCUUUUCACUCUCAUUCUAAAUGUUUACUGGUGGUUUGUAUUGCUUAAAAAGAAAUUUUUGUGCCUUGCUGGAAUUUUGUUUCCUUCUUUGUACAGUACUGUACUGAACAAGGCUUAUUCGACUAAAACUCAAGAGUUAGUAAAAUUUGAAUGUGUCAAUUCAAAGAAAGUAUUGAGUUUACAA